AUGAAGGGUCUUGUCUCCAUCUGCUGCUUCAUCUCCCUGCUGGUCUUGACCACAGCAGAGGAGGAGGUGUUGGAUUCAAUCCUGAGAGACAGAUCUCACAUUGAGCAGACACUGAGGCUUGCAGCUGAGGAGAACUCAGGAGACUAUGCAGCGGCUCUGCAAAAACUGAGGAAGAUCUACCACUCCUCCAUCAAGCCCAUGGAACAGGCUUAUAAGUACAAUGAACUGAGACAACAUGAGAUCUCAGAUGGAGAAAUCACCUCCAAACCUAUGGUGCUGUUCCUUGGGCCCUGGAGCGUGGGCAAGUCCUCCAUGAUUAACUACCUACUGGGCUUGCAAGAUACUCCUUACCAGUUGUACACAGGUGCUGAGCCCACUACCUCAGAGUUCACUGUGAUCAUGCACGGGGAAAAGAUCCGCUCCAUAGAGGGCAUUGUCAUGGCUGCUGACAGCUCUCGCUCUUUCUCACCCUUGGAGAAGUUUGGCCAGAAUUUUCUAGAAAAGCUGGUUGGCAUUGAGAUGCCCCAUAAGCUCCUGGAACGCGUCACAUUCGUGGACACUCCUGGAAUCAUUGAGAACCGCAAGCAGCAGGAAAGAGGUUACCCCUUUAACGAUGUGUGCCAGUGGUUCAUUGAUCGUGCCGACUUGAUCUUCGUGGUGUUCGACCCCACCAAGCUGGAUGUUGGUCUGGAGCUGGAGAUGCUGUUCAGGCAGCUGAAGGGCAGGGAGUCUCAGAUCCGUAUAAUCCUCAACAAAGCUGAUAGCCUGGCAACUCAGGAUCUCAUGAGAGUCUAUGGCGCACUCUUCUGGAGCUUGGCACCACUGAUCAAUGUGACUGAGCCCCCACGUGUCUAUGUCAGCUCUUUCUGGCCCUAUGAGUAUGCACCUGACACUAGUCGGGACCUCUUCAAGCGUGAGGAGAUCUCCCUUCUGGAAGACCUCAACCAAGUGAUCGAGAACCGACUGGAGAACAAGAUCGCCUUCAUCCGCCAGCAUGGCAUUCGUGUACGCAUCCAUGGCCUUCUGGUCGAUCGUUACGUGCAGACCUUCAAAGACAAGAUGAGCUUCUUCAGUGACCCAGAGCUGGUGUUCAAGGAGAUUGUGGAGGAUCCUGACAAGUUUUACAUUUUCAAAUCCAUCCUCGCCAAAACCAAUGUCAGUAAGUUCGAUUUGCCAAACCGCGACGCCUACCGUGACUUCUUUGGCAUCAACCCUGUGAGCAGCUUCAAACAGCUGUCGGCUCAGUGCUCUUACAUGGGCGGAUGCCUGCUGGAAAAGAUCGAGAGGGCCAUCACCCAUGACCUGCCCACCCUACUAAGCAGCAUCAACUCAGGCAAGAACCCCUCCCUGUCAUCCUGUGAAGUCACUGGCUGCGGGGAGAAGCCUAAGAACCGAUAUCGGAGAAACUGA